CCCCUUCCCCUUUCUCCCAUCUCAUCCGGCCCCUCUCCUUCACCUUCUUCAUCACUCAUCUACACUUCACUUUCAGUUCAUCCUUCAUGGCUGAAGAGAGGCACCACAGCCGCGGUCUCUUCCACCACAAGAAGGACGAUGAUGACAAGCCCCUGGAUUCCUCCUACUCCGACACCGCUUAUGGUGGCGACAGGCCUUCUUCUUACUCCUCCGACAAACCCUCCGGUGGCUACGGCGACACGGAUUCAGGUUACAGAAAGACAGGCUACUCCGGCGAUGAGCCGUCUGCUGGCUACAAGAGCGGUGGCGGCUACGGUGGCACCGGUGGCGGGUAUGGUGAGUCUGAGAAGGUCGGGGGAUACGGCGGUGGUGCCGGUGGAUACUCUGAAAAAACCAGCGGUGGUGGGUACGGCGAGACUGAGAAGGUCGGGGGAUACGGCGGUGGUGACGGUGGAUACUCUGAAAAAACCAGCGGUGGUGGGUACGGCGAGACUGAGAAGGUGGGGGGAUAUGGCGGCGGCGCCGGUGGAUAUUCUGACAGCACCACUGGCGGAGGGUAUGGAGGUGCUGGAGGAUACUCUGAUAAGACCAGCGGUGGUGGGUACGGUGAGAGUGAGAAAACCGGGGAGUACGGUUCCGGAGGCGGUGGUGGGUACGGCGGCGAGAGUGAGAAGUCUGAGGUGGAUUACAAGAAGGAGGAGAAGCACCACAAGCAUCUUGAGCAGCUCGGCGGGCUUGGUGCUGCAGCGGCUGGUGCUUAUGCCUUGUAUGAGAAGCACCAGGCAGAUAAGGACCCAGAGAAUGCUCAGAAGCACAGGAUAGCAGAGGAGGUUGCGGCGGUGGGGGCGGUGGGAGCUGGGGGGUUCGCCUUCCAUGAACAUCAUGAGAAGAAGGAAUCAAAGGAACAAGAGGAGGGUGGAAGUCAUGAAAAGAAGCACCACCAUCUCUUCGGCUGAUGGAUCAUAACGAUGGGUCGACGUCGAUCGUCUUCAACUUUGAUCUGCUUCUGGCUUUUCUUCUGAUUUGAGUCUGUUGUAUGUUUUAUGCAUCUCCAAUUCUCCUACUUUACAUGGCUCCACCAUGCCCGUGUCGCUGAAUAACCCUCCCCUUGUGUAUUUGAGUGAUUUGCAGGUUGCGUGUCUUGUUGUUGCUUUCAAUUUCAUACAUCUAUAUAUAUAUAUAUGUAUGUCCUUAUCUUCAUCUA